AUGUCAUCUGCAAAAUUAAGAAGACUGUUUCCAACUUUAAAACAAUUACAACAAUCUAUAAAAACAGAAUUAAUUGAAAUUGAAAAAUCAACACAACAAUCAAUAAAUGAAGCAAACGCUAAAAAGUUAAAAUCAUAUUAUAAUUAUUUAAAACAUUCACAACCAACUAAAAUUAAAGAAAUAAAUGAAAAGAUAAAAGCAUUAGAAAAUGAAACAAAACAAUUAGGUAAUGAAUUAAAAGAUACAACUACUUAUAAUGAUAUAAUAGAUCGACAAUUAUCAAAUGAACAUCAAAUAUUAAAUAAUUUACAAAAUGUUCAAAUAUUUCUUAAAAAUCAACGUGAAUAUUUUAAUUUAUUAUUAAGAUAUAAUCCAGGAUUACUGAUGGAUAAAGGUGAAAAUGUAUCAAAAUCAGCAAAUAGAGUUGGUUUACAAGUUCCUCAAUAA